CGGCCGCUUCAGCCAACCAGAGCCGUACGAGCGCCAGCAGCCGGCCGCCCCGGCCAAUCGGAAUGAGCCGGCGUGAGGGUGGGGGGUUGGGCUGCAGGUGGCGGCGGCUUCCCAGGGUCACGUGAGUGGAGCAGCGGCGAGCACCCAGGAGCGGACGAGCAUGGAGCUGAAACUGUGGUUGGUGCUGGUGCUGGUGUUUGGUGCAGCUGUGAUCCGUGCUGAAGAUGAAGACGACUUGGUUGAGGAUGAGGAUGAUGAGAGCCCAGUGGAGAGCGAGUCUGAGCCCAGCACUCCACCCGCUCCUAAGGUCACUUACAAGGCCCCUGUUCCAAUUGGACGAGCACAUUUUGCGGAAUCAUUUGAUAAAGGCACUCUAGAAGGCUGGGUCCGAUCCAAAGCCAAAAAAGAAGACACUGAUGAAGAUAUUGCAAAAUAUGAUGGGAAAUGGGAAGUAGAAGAAAUGAAAGACACCAAACUCGAGGGAGAUAAAGGACUCGUUCUCAAAACUCGUGCGAAGCAUCAUGCCAUAGCAUCUUCUUUGGACCACCCGUUUAUCUUUGACGAUAAGCCACUAUUUCUUCAGUAUGAAGUGAAUUUUCAGAAUGGAAUUGAAUGUGGUGGAGCAUACAUCAAAUUAUUGACAAAAACUAAAGACAUGAUUCUGGAGAAGUUUUAUGACAAGACCCCGUAUACCAUUAUGUUUGGUCCAGACAAGUGUGGUGAAGAUUACAAACUCCACUUCAUCAUCAGGCACAAGAACCCCAAAACGGGCGAGGUUGAGGAGAAGCAUGCCAAACGUCCUGAUGUGGACCUCAAAAGCUACUACACAGAUAAGAAGACCCAUCUCUACACCCUGGUGGUCAACCCUGACAAUUCAUUUCAGGUUCUGAUUGACCAAACGGUGGUGAACAGUGGCAACCUGCUGCAGGAUAUGACUCCAGCGAUUAACCCACCGAAAGAGAUCGAAGAUCCUGAUGAUCAGAAACCAGAAGACUGGGACGAGAGAUCAAAAAUAUCCGAUCCUGACGCUGUCAAACCCGAUGACUGGGAUGAAGAUGCUCCUGCCAAGAUCCCAGAUGACGGUGCGGUGAAACCCGAAGGCUGGCUGGAUGACGAGCCUGAGUACAUUGCAGAUCCUGACGCUGAGAAACCCGAGGACUGGGAUGAAGAGAUGGACGGCGAAUGGGAAGCUCCUCAAGUUGCCAACUCAAAGUGCGACUCUGCUCCUGGGUGUGGAGCCUGGAAAUUGCCGAUGAUUGAUAACCCGGACUACAAGGGGAAAUGGAAAGCCCUAAUGAUUGACAACCCUGACUACCAGGGUGCCUGGAAACCAAAGAAGAUUGCUAAUCCAAACUACUUUGAAGAUCUGCAUCCGUUCAAGAUGGCCACAUUCAGUGCUGUUGGCUUGGAGCUCUGGUCAAUGACGUCUGACAUCUUCUUUGACAACUUUAUCAUCUGCUCCGACAAGGCAGUGGUUGACCAGUGGGCCUAUGACAGCUGGGGGCUGAAGAAAUCUGCGGAGGGUUCUGCUGAGUCGGGGGUGGUUGGACAGCUGAUGUCGGCCGCUGAGGAGCGCCCAUGGCUCUGGGUUGUCUACAUCCUGAUCAUUGCACUGCCCGUCUUCCUGGUCAUUGUGUUCUGCUGCACUGGAAAGAAAGACACUGCUGCAGAGUACAAAAAGACGGAUGCUCCGCAACCUGACGUAAAGGAUGAGGAGGGAGAGGAGAAGGAAGAGCAGAAGGAGGCAGAAGAGAAAAAUGAGGCAGAUGAUGAGAAGAUGACUGAAGAAAAGCAGAAGAGUGAUAUGGAGGAAGCUCCGGGAAAUGCGAGCCAGGAAGAGGAGGAGGAGGAUGAUGAUGAUGAUGAAGAUGAGGAGGAGGAGGAGGAGGAGAAGAAAGUGACGAGGGAGAAGCCAAGUGCUGAGCAAACUGAUGAAAAAGUGGACAGUGCCAAUCUAGAGCCACAGAAUGAUUGAGAUGUUGUGUCAUACAUCGUUUGGACAUGACUUGGGACUUCAAAGGCAAGACCAUCAUUUCUGGGACUUGAGCUGAACUUUUUACAGGAUUUCAUAAGACCCACUGCGUGCAACAGUAAAUAAAAGCCCUAUCCCAUACUG